UCUGCUGGUUUACAAAAAAAGUUAAUGGCUUGGUUGAAGUUUCGUCUGCCUAAAAAAAGAAAAGCAAUAAUGUAUAACUAUCAUGACCUUGAAUGAACGUUCUGUUUGGUGCCGCGGCCCCCUUUCCUUCUUUCCAUUUACACGUUGCAUUCGAGUGCUCAAGCUGCCAGGGGCUCGUCUCGUCCAUCAUGGCGUUGUCACGAACAGCACCGAGCUACAAUCCCAUCACGUCCAUCUAUGCCAAUUCAGAUAAGAUAUGGAAGUCAGUCGCAGGCGGGCGGACCACCGGAGAUAGCGGCAAGAUCAAGAGAUGUCAGAUACUGACCACUGCGCCAAACACCCAAAAAUUGGAGCUCCAUCGAGGUGAUGGAGUAGUGCCAGCUCUGAACCCCCUAUAUUUGACAAGAGAAGCCCAAGUGGACUCUCCUUCUAAUUAUACCCACAUCCGUACCCGUACCCAUCACCCGUUGCUCCCGAGCGAGCGGUCGAACGGCCGGGCCCGCCGGGCUGAACGGAACAGGCGUUGGUGCGAUGCCGCCGGCAAUCUUUAACUUCAGUUCGACAGCAACCACACCCAGCACCAACUUCGUCGACUCGGCCUCAGCUUCCAAGUGACAACGCAUCUGGAUUCUCCGGGUGACAGGCACGUUCUCGACCAUUAUCCAUCGAC